AUGCGCUACGUGCUGUGUAUCCUCGCUCUCCUGCUCUCAUGUGCGUGUGUGCACGUCCUCGCUGAAGAAGUGCCUGCCGCCGAUCUUUCCGACCAAGUCCCUGAUACGGAGAGUGAGACAAAGAUUCUUCUUCAAGGUACUCCUGUUCACCAUAGUGAGGAAGAUUGUCCUGGUGAAAGAGGUUCUCCUGAUAAUGGUAAGCAAUGUAAGAAAAGCCCCGAACUUCCUUCUGGUACUGGUGGUUGCCUUAAUGGUAUUCCUGAAAAUGGUAAGAACUGUACAAAGGAAGUGGUUCCUGUCGACGAUCUUUCCCACCAUGUCCCUGAUGCUAAAGUAAAAAAAUGUGAUGAGUCUCAAAAUGAAGAAGAGAAGAAUGCCUGCGUACAAAGAGCCAAGCAUGUGUUAAAUCCAAAAAAAACUGAAGUUCUUAAUGAGACGCCUAAUUCUCAAGAAGACUCUGAAACUCUUCGUCAACAAAGUGAUAAUGUUCGUUCUGGUCCCGUUGCUCCUGGUGUCCAAAAUAACGAAAUGAGUGAAACUGGUCUUUCUCGUACUAGUGGUACUUUAAGUAGUGCUGCUAAACCAGCACCUGCUGAUUCUGCUGAACCUACUGCAGAUACCACUGAGGCUGUUGCUGCAGGUGAAGUGCAAACUGGAGAGAGCGGCAUCAAUGCAGCGGGUGAAAGUGCGGCUAGCCAAGGAAGUGGGGCACCACAACCAUCUUCUCCUUCUCCCAGCGGUUCAACCUCAGCAAGUGACGGAUCUGCGAAUAAUGAAACAACUGAGAGCGGCACUUCAUCUGCAGAGAGUGAAUCAACAAAUACACAAGAAGAAGGUGAUGGAGAAAAUACAGAAACCACUACCACCACCACCACAACAACAACACUUCCUCCUGAAACUGCAAACAACAAGAAGGGUGAUGCAGACAGCAGCAGCAGUAUCAGCAGUUCUGUGUGGGUGCGUGUACCACUACUGAUUGUGGUUACACUGGCCUGUAUUCUUGCGUGCUGA